GAGGAGCGUGUUGGAUCUCUCUUUACAGUGGAGAUUUGCCAGGCUGCCCAACAAUGCCAAGCUGGAGAUGGUGCCAGUCUCUAAUAGAGUGGGAACUGCAAACACGGUUCGGAUCGCACUGCAGUUGGAUGAUGGCUCCCGUUUACAGGACACCUUUCUCUGUGAACAGACUUUGUGGGAACUUCUCAACCAUUUUGCAAAGAUCAGGGAGUUUAUGGAACAACAUGGUGAAUUCUCUCCAGUCUGUGUUUACAUGAGAGAUGAGAUCUCAGGAAAAGAUGCCCUAGAGAAGACAACGCUGAAAUCACUUGGCCUGACUGGAGGCAGCGCCAUCGUCAGAGUUGUCAUGAAGAAAUGCAGUUCAUCUGGUCAGGAGGAAGCUGUGGGUGCCCCGAUGCAGUGUAAUGAGCUGACAGUGAGGCAAGGCUCUAUUGAAGAAGCAGUGGAUGUGCCCCUACCUCAAGCAAAUGCAUUCCCAAAGGACUUGGACCACGGGGAUGUGGCCAUGUCUUUAAACAGCUGCACAGACAAGCAAGACUCGAUGAGAGAAUCUCAUGCCAACUUUGAGGAGCUGUGGCCUUCUUCAGAGCCUGAGUCAACCCCAUUUGUCCCUUUUUUUGGAGAUGGACAGCGUCUGGGGGACACUUCUGUAGCUGCACCAUCUGUUGGGUUAGAUAUGUCAUCUUCAAAGUUGCCAACAACUUCUUCCAGCCCCGGAGGCCCUUCUAAGCCAAAGAAGUCUAAGAACAGCCAAGAACUGCAAAAGGAGCAAGAACAGCUUGUAGACCGAGAGCCACUUGUAUGUCACUUGGACCUGCUAGAACCACUUCCUGCUGGCCCAGAAGAGCUUCCUGAUGAAUUUUUUGAAGUCACAGUGGAUGAUGUGCGGAAACGCUUGGCACAGCUGCAGAGUGAGAGGAAACGCCUGGAAGAAGCUCCACUGAUGACAAAAUCCUUGAGGGAGGCUCAGCUGAAGGAAAAGCUAGAGCGUUACCCAAAGGUGGUGCUGAGAGUCCGUUUUCCAGACCGUUAUGUUCUACAGGGGUUCUUCCGUCCUAGUGAAACUGUUGGCAUUUUGAGAGCCUUUGUAAGAAGCCAUCUUGCAGAUGCAGACUUGCCAUUUUACUUAUUUAUUGCACCUCCCAGAACCAUCUUGAACGAUGAAAGUUUGACGCUCUUUGAGGCUAAACUCUUUCCAACUGCUGUCAUUCAUUUUGGAUCUGAGGAGUGCAGGGAUUGUUACCUGAAGUCAGACCUGCUGAGCUCUGCAGUUUCCCCUUCUGCAGCUGAUGUAUUAGUAGCCAGAUGUUUGUCCAAAUCAUUAGUUCCUUCUGCUUCAUCAUCUUUAGAAUCAAUAGUUCCAUCGCUGGCUGAACCAGAAGCGGGAAGUGACAAAAAGACCAGUGAGCAGCCAGAGCCAGCAAGUGUGCAUGAAGCUCCACCGGUGCUGAGGAGGGCCCCUGGGAAAAUACCCAAAUGGCUGAAGCUGCCAG